AUGUUCGGCUCAAGCGCCUCCGCAGCUGCGCCGGAAGGGCGCGAGGAGGGCGGCGCGGCGCCCGCGGCGUCGCGUUCGUACGCGAACGGCGAGAGCGCGAGCUUCUCGCAGGGCGCGCAACGAGAGGAGGAAAGUGCGUCUUUUUCCUCCUUCACGUCGCCGGCCGCAAACGCCGCGUCAACGACGCCGGCGUCGCUGCCCUCGCAGGACGCUGCAGCAGGCGCCGAAGGCGCUGGUGCCAGGGCAGAGGGCAUCCGCGCGCUGGAGGAGCAGGUUCAGAGUCUGGACUCCGACUGGGAUGAACUGCAGAAGCUGCAGUACAUGACAGAAGAAGCUGCGUACUCGAUGGUGCAGAGUGGAAGCCCUCACGCCGGAGGCCCCGGGGGCCCUGGCGAUGCCGCCGCAGCGGCUGGCAACGCGCAGAACUUCGCCGCAGCGGACACAGACGAAGUUGACCGCCGAUCGGUUUACGUUGGCAAUGUGGAUUAUUCCUCGACGCCCGCCGAGCUUCAGGAGCAUUUCAAGUCGUGCGGCACAAUCAAUCGAAUUACAAUCAUGGUUGACAAGUACACUGGGCAUCCGAAAGGGUACGCAUACAUCGAGUUCAAUAGCGAGGCCGCGGUCCAGAACGCGCUUCUGCUUUCGGAUACGGUCUUCAAGCAACGUCAGAUCAAGGUCGUCGCGAAGCGGAAAAACAUCCCUGGCUUUGCCCGCGGAAGGGGCGGCUGGCGUGGAGCGCGGAUGGCAGGAGCCGGCAUGAUGAUGGGGCGAGGCGGCAGGGGCACACGCGGAGGUUUCCGCCCGAUUUACCGCCCUCGCGGAGGCUUCGCGAGAGGGUACGGGCGGCCGUACUAG